GCGCCACGCUGGACCAGCACUGACGGCGAGGGGAGAGCGCCCCCUAUAGACCCCCACUCCCUGCUGCACAGCGCCCCCUAGCGCCACGCCGGGCCAGCACUGACGGCGAGGGGAGAGCGCCCCCUACGGACCCCCACCCCAAUCCCUGCUGCACAGCGCCCCCUAGCGCCACGCCGGGCCAGCACUGACGGCGAGGGGAGAGCGCCCCCUACGGACCCCCACUCCCUGCCGCACAGCGCCCCCUAGUGCCACGCCGGGCCAGCACUGACGGCGAGGGGAGAGCGCCCCCUACGGACCCCCACUCCCUGCCGCACAGCGCCCCCUAGCACCACGCCGGGCCAGCACUGACAGCGAGGGGAGAGCGCCCCCUAUAGACUCCCCACUCCCUGCCGCACAGCGCCCCCUAGCGCCACGCUGGGCCAGCACUGACGGCGAGGGGAGAGCGCCCCCUAUAGAUCUCCACCCCCUGCCGCACAGCGCCCCCUAGCGCCACGCCGGGCCAGCACUGACGGCGAGGAGAGAGCGCCCCCUACGGACCCCCACUCCCUGCCGCACAGCGCCCCCUAGCACCAUGCCGGGCCAGCACUGACAGCGAGGGGAGAGCGCCCCCUAUAGACCCCCCACUCCCUGCCGCACAGCGCCCCCUAGCACCACGCCGGGCCAGCACUGACGGCGAGGGGAGAGCGCCCCCUAUAGACCCCCACUCCCUGCCGCACAGCGCCCCCUAGUGCCACGCCGGGCCAGCACUGACGGCGAGGGGAGAGCGCCCCCUACGGACCCCCACUCCCUGCCGCGCAGCGCCCCCUAGGGCAGGUCUCCCUCUUGGGCUCUGUAUUUGCAGCAGAGGGAGAGAGGGGGAAUCCCCUGCUUUUGCGGGUCUCGAUCCCCAGAGCUUUGGGCUGGAAGGGUGGAACUGGCUCCCGCAGGGACGCUGGCCCCUGGGGUAUGAGAACCCUGCCUCUGAGCAUGAGAUCAGGUAUGGGGGCAGCCCCCGGGUAUUACAACUUGGGGCUCACCCUGCAGGUGGGUCUGGGUGCAGCCAGGGGGCACUUCCCCUGGCAACACCCUUGUGCCCGCCCGGGCGGCGUUUCUCACAGGCUCCGUGUCUGUAACAGGAGCUGCCAUGAGCCCCCUCUAUCAGCCGAGCUCCGGGCCAGGAAUCUGGUUUCCUGGCUCCGCUGUUACCGCAGCAACCUUUCAAGCAGGGAUUUUUUAAUUUGACAAGGGGCCUUUAUACAGUCCUGCAGCGUUAGGCCGAGGGGGGCUCGGGUCCGUUACCCGAUAGGGCCCCCCCGCCACGCCACACCAGCUCCCAUUGUCCAGCAGGCGCUGCCAGGAGACACCCGAUACCCAGGGCCUUAUCAGCACCGGGGGCAGAGUGAAAGCAGCAGGAUGGGUUACAGGCGUCUGCGCCACCGCGGCUGGCACCGGUUCAGGAGCAAACAUACCAGAGUGUUCCACCGCACCGAGCCAAGGUACUGGAGUAACACUCGGACACAGUGCUGGAGUAACAGAGCUGGGCCGUCUGGUGCAGCGACCCCGCAAAUACUGUAGUAAUGCCAACCCGAGGUGCUGGAGUACCACUCGGACACAGUGCUGGAGUAACAGAGCUGGGCCGUCUGGCGCAGCAACCCCACACAUACUGUAGUAAUGCCAAGCCAAGGUGCUGGAGUACCACUCGGACACAGUGCUGGAGUAACAGAGCUGGGCCGUCUGGCGCAGCAACCCCACACAUACUGUAGUAAUGCCAAGCCAAGGUGCUGGAGUACCACUCGGACACAGUGCUGGAGUAACAGCCCUGGGCCGUCUGGCGCAGCGACCCCGCAAAUACUGUAGUAAUGCCAAGCCGAGGUACUGGAGUACCACUCGGACACAGUGCUGGAGUAACAGCCCUGGGCCGUCUGGCGCAGCGACCCCGCAAAUACUGUAGUAAUGCCAAGCCGAGGUGCUGGAGUACCACUCGGACACAGUGCUAGAGUAACAGAGCUGGGCCAUCUGGCGCAGCAACCCCACACAUACUGUAGUAAUGCCAACCCGAGGUGCUGGAGUACCACUCGGACACAGUGCUGGAGUAACAGAGCUGGGCCAUCUGGUGCAGCGACCCCACACAUACUGUAGUAAUGCCAAGCCAAGGUACUGGAGUAACACUCGGACACAGUGCUGGAGUAACAGAGCUGGGCCGUCUGGCGCAGCGACCCCGCAAAUACUGUAGUAAUGCCAAGCCAAGGUGCUGGAGUACCACUCAGACACAGUGCUGGAGUAACAGAGCUGGGCCGUCUGGUGCAGCAACCCCACACAUACUGUAGUAAUGCCAAGCCAAGGUACUGCAGUACCACUCGGACACAGUGCUGGAGUAACAGCCCUGGGCCGUCUGGCGCAGCGACCCCGCAAAUACUGUAGUAAUGCCAAGCCAAGGUACUGCAGUACCACUCGGACACAGUGCUGGAGUAACAGCCCUGGGCCGUCUGGCGCAGCGACCCCGCAAAUACUGUAGUAAUGCCAAGCCACGGUACUGGAGUACCACUCGGACAUAGUGCUGGAGUAACAGUGCUAGGCCGUCUGGUGCAGCGACCCCGCAAAUACUGUAGUAAUGCCAAGCCAAGGUACUGGAGUACCACUCGGACACAGUGCUGGAGUAACAGCCCUGGGCCGUCUGGCGCAGCGACCCCGCAAAUACUGUAGUAAUGCCAAGCCAAGGUACUGCAGUACCACUCGGACAUAGCGCUGGAGUAACAGAGCUGGGCCGUCUGGUGCACCGACCCCAAGGCACCGGAGUAAUACUCAGACAUAGUGCUGGAGUAACAGAGCUGGGCCGUCUGGCGCAGCGACCCCGCAAAUACUGUAGUAAUGCCAAGCCAAGGUACUGCAGUACCACUCGGACAUAGCGCUGGAGUAACAGAGCUGGGCCGUCUGGUGCACCGACCCCAAGGCACCGGAGUAAUACUCAGACAUAGUGCUGGAGUAACAGAGCUGGGCCGUCUGGCUCAGCGACCCCACAAAUACUGUAGUAAUGCCAAGCCGAGGUACUGGAGUACCACUCGGACACAGUGCUGGAGUAACACUGUUGUGCUGGCUGCGGUAAUGACCCCAAAUACUGUCACAGCCCCAGCCUGCUGCAGUCCUGGGUCCCCAGUACUGGAGCACCGUUGUGCUGGCCCCAGCGGCUGGAGGUUCGAGCUAGACAAAUGCAGGCUGGAAAUCAGGUGCCAGUCAUUAACGUUGAGGGUCAUUAGCCAGUGGGACAAUUUACCAAGGGCUGGGGGGAUCAGUGGCCAUCUUUGGGGUGUUUUCCUAAGGGCUCUGCUCUGGUUCCAGCAGGAAUGAAGGCAGGGAAAUCCUCUGACCUGGGCUACGGAGGAGGUCAGAUGAGAUUGUGGGGUCUCUGGGCCUGGGAAUCUGAGCCGCUUCAGUCCCAGGGCAAUGGUGGAGGAGACGGGGCCUGUGGUUGUGGCCCCACUGAGGAAUGGGGUCAGUGGCAUCGAUGCAGCUGCCUGCACCCCUCACAACUGUUAAACGGCCCCAGAGAGUGAGGGGCUGCUCCCGGAUUAGCCCCAGGGAUCCCCCCCACCCCUCAAUUGGCCUUGGCUGGCGGGGGAGGAGGGUCCUUCAGCAUCAGAUGUUGACUGAUUUGUGCCCCGGUGGAUUCUCUUCCCAGCACACGUUCAUUGUCUUCUGGGCCCUACUGAAAAUUCGAACCCCGCGUUGGCACUCGGUGGGGCUGAGACGAGGCAGAGGGCGUGUGCACAGGCAGGGAGAGGCGAGCCACACGGAGCUCCGUGGGCGUGUGCACAUGCAGGGAGAGGCGAGCCACACGGAGCUCCGUGGGCGUGUGCACAUGCAGGGAGAGGCGAGCCACACGGAGCUCCGUGGGCGUGUGCACAUGCAGGGAGAGGCGAGACACACGGAGCUCCGUGGGCGUGUGCACAGGCAGGGAGAGGCGAGACACACGGAGCUCCGUGGGCGUGUGCACAGGCAGGGAGAGGCGAGCCACACGGAGCUCCGUGGGCGUGUGCACAGGCAGGGAGAGGCGAGCCACACGGAGCUCCGUGGGCGUGUGCACAGGCAGGGAGAGGCGAGCCACACGGAGCUCCGUGUGCGUGUGCACAUGCAGGGAGAGGCGAGCCACUUGGAGCUCCGUGGGCGUGUGCACAGGCAGGGAGAGGCGAGCCACACGGAGCUCCGUGGGCGUGUGCACAUGCAGGGAGAGGCGAGCCACACGGAGCUCCGUGGGCGUGUGCACAGGCAGGGAGAGGCGAGCCACACGGAGCUCCGUGGGCGUGUGCACAUGCAGGGAGAGGCGAGCCACACGGAGCUCCGUGGGCGUGUGCACAGGCAGGGAGAGGCGAGCCACACGGAGCUCCGUGGGCGUGUGCACAGGCAGGGAGAGGCGAGCCACACGGAGCUCCGUGGGCGUGUGCACAGGCAGGGAGAGGCGAGCCACACGGAGCUCCGUGGGCGUGUGCACAUGCAGGGAGAGGCGAGCCACACGGAGCUCCGUGGGCGUGUGCACAGGCAGGGAGAGGCGAGCCACACGGAGCUCCGUGGGCGUGUGCACAGGCAGGGAGAGGCGAGCCACACGGAGCACCGUGGGCGUGUGCACAUGCAGGGAGAGGCGAGCCACACGGAGCUCCGUGGGCGUGUGCACAUGCAGGGAGAGGCGAGCCACACGGAGCUCCGUGGGCGUGUGCACAUGCAGGGAGAGGCGAGCCACACGGAGCUCCGUGGGCGUGUGCACAGGCAGGGAGAGGUGAGACACACGGAGCUCCGUGGGCGUGUGCACAUGCAGGGAGAGGCGAGACACACGGAGCUCCGUGGGCGUGCAUGCGUGUUACAGUCUGUGCAGCCCCUCACAUGGACGGAGCUCCCCUGCUACAACCAGGCCCCUCCGCUGUCUCUGUCCCUUUAAAUCAGGUGAGCACUUGACCAGCAUCAGCUGUCCAGUCUCUAGUAUCAGAUCCUCCUGGGGCGGGGGCUUGGCUCUUAUUUAAAGUGACUGACCAGCCAACUCAGGCUCACUCUGCAAGAGCCUGGAGCCAGCUGGCUGAGCAGGAGCGUCCA